AUGCUCUCUCAGCGAGUUAUCCGGGCCUCGGCCCUUCGCAGUGGAAUGGCCGCCGCCCGACGACUACCAAUUGUCCAGCGACGUACCUUCCUCCCAUCCGAGUACACCGACCGCAAGACACUUGACGCCAAAUACCCUGAUCCCACUCGAUUGAGCGCUGCCCAGGAUCCUGACAUGAACGGAGGCUAUAUCAACCCCCCAGCCAUCAAGCGCCAGCACCGUGAUCCCCAUGCCGACUGGUGGGACCCUCAGGAGCGAAGGAAUUUUGGAGAGACUGUUCAUGAAGACAACGACAUCCUCGGUAUCUUCUCGCCUUGGGACUACACCUGGACUACCACCGGGCCCGGUCUCAUCAUGAUUGGCACCUUCAUUGCCACCGUUCUGGGUGUUUCCGGCUUGGUAUACCUCAACUACCCAGACAGGAUCGCAUAUCCCAGAGAGUUCGAGAAUGGUCUGGAGCGAGAGCUUGGUGGGCCCGGCGCCGUGAGGGCACGAAAGGCUGGCGAUGAGGACCCAUGA